AUGUCGACUCCGGGGAACUAUCAGGCCAUCAGCGACGCCGAGCGCGGCGUGAACCCGCCGGUGCCGUGGGCCGACGGCUGUCUCGACUUCUUUUCGGACUGCGAAGUGUGUUUGUGGGGUUGCUGCCCGCUCGGCUGCUAUCAAUCGCUGUUCGCGUGGAACGCGACGGACGCCGGGACGGAGGAUUUCCACCCCGCGCUGCUCAGGGUGUGCGGGCUGACCGUCGUGGUGCCCAACCUCCUGGGUUUCGUCGCCUCCACCGCGCCCUCCUUGGGCCCCGCGGUCCAGCCCCUCUCCACCGCGAACCAGCUCUUAUUCGCGUGGUACGGCAUGACGCACAGGCAGAAGAUGCGAAGGCGGCACAACAUCAAAGGAACCGACUGCGGCCUGUGCUCGUGCUUCUCGUGCCUGUGCGAGGGUGACGACGAGAAGAUCGAAGACUUCUGCCUCUACCUCUGCUGCGCGCCGUGCGCGACGUGCCAGGAGACGAGGCACCUGAGGCGGUGGGGGAUCACCACGCGAUGGAGGCCGAAGUACCCUUACGACGCCAACGGGCGCGUCGCCGGGAUUGGGGGCGGGUCGUACCAGGCGCCGCCGGGGCAGGCGAUGGACGUCCCCGUCGCCCCGGUCGCGCCGGGAAAGUGAGGAGGAGGCGGGAGAGCCGAAGGGGCGAGUACGAUUCGUUUGUCCCUUCAUCGUUCGCUGCGCUGUAUUGUACUAUCAUAUCACAACCUGUAUCUUC